UUCAGUGGAUGUGUUUGUCGAUAAUGAAGCGAACUAUCUUCUUGGUAAUUAUACUGAUAGUAAACAUCGCAUUAAAUGUCUUAUCAAUGCAAUAUGACCAUUGUGGAGAGAGAUUAAUCAAAAUACGCAGCUUGGUUGUCGGAGGAAAAAUCUCGCAACGAGGCAUGUGGCCUUGGCAAGUUGGUAUAUACAAAAAACAAGUGUCAGGAUGGAAAUUCUUGUGUGGUGGUGCGUUGGUAUCUCGACAAUGGGUUCUUACCGCUGCACAUUGCUUUUACGUUGGUAAAAACACUACAAAUAGGGUUUGGUUUGAWAAAGAUAUAAAACCACUCGCAAAGUAUAAAAUCAAAGUUGGCGAUCAUGAAUUAUCAAGCUAUGAAUCAUCAGAACAAGAACAUCAAUUCCAAGAAAUCUUUGUACAUCCCGACUACAGGCAUGAUCCCAUSUAUGAGAACGAUAUCGCUUUAGUUAAACUAAACCGUGAAGUCAUUCUCGGCCCGUAUGUGCGCACUGUUUGUCUWCCUGSACCUGACCUGGACCWCGCCAAACCAGGUACAGUUGGAAUGGUUSCUGGUUGGGGAAUUACUGACUCCGGUUAUGGUUCUUCGUUUCUUCGUUACUCCUCGUUUACCAUCGAGACAAACAAUGUUUGUGGGAGARCAAUUAACCUCCACUUCAACAAAACGGUAGUAUUUUGURCAAGUGAUGUUAAAGGACACAGCGCGCCAUGUAACGGUGACAGUGGAGGGAGUAUGGUACGAAAGUUUUUCCUUAAUGGAAAAUACCGAUUUGUAACAAUUGGUUUAGUCAGUUGGGGUGGAUGUACUCUAGGAAGUCAUUAUGGGUUCUACACAAGACUGCAGCCAUUUAUACCGUGGAUUUAUCAUAAAGUCAAUUCUACCUGCAUCAGUCCUGGUCGGCUAACAAAUGGUGCAGUCAAUUCAACCAAGAGCAUUUACCAGCCAAAUGAAGCCAUAAGGUUUACAUGUAACAUAAACUACACAAGAAUCGGAAAAUCAGAACUGACAUGUCAACGAGAUGGAACUUGGAAUAGAUAUAAGCCAAUAUGCCUAGAGGUAAGCUGUACCAAUUUCCAUCACCCAGGAUAUGGCAGGAAAAAACCUCGACRAAGCAAGUUCUUUCCYGGAGAAAAAAUUGUCAUUGAAUGUAAAAGAGGUUACACACUACUUGGAAAGUCCUCUCUAAUUUGCCAAAGCGAUGGUUCUUGGGAUGGACAUUGGCCACAUUGCUCAGCACCAUGUCCGCACCCCAAACAACCAAAAAAUGGUAUUCAGCUUGGCAAAAACAUUGCUCAUGGCCAAACUGUUAGGUUUAAAUGUAACUYUUAUUUUAAACGCAUUGGAUCUUCCGUUUCCACGUGCAUUAAUGRAAAGUGGAACAAUCAACCCCCAAAAUGUGCUGCUCCUUGUCCGGAUCCUGGUACACCAAUAAAUGGUCAUCGAUAUAACCAUUCUUUCCAACAUGGUGACCAAGUCGUGUUUACUUGUGACAAAGGAAUGSUUUUAAUUGGAAGAAAAAUCAUUACAUGCAGUGAUGGACGAUGGGAUCAGAUGACACCGACAUGCUUAGCUGUGGACUGUGGUCGUUUGCCAAUUCCUCAACACGGAGAGAAGAUCGGGGAAAUUAAGACCACUUACUUGGGCGAAGUAUCCUUUAGGUGUUAUAAGAAGGGUUACCAGCUUAAAGGGUCGAGUAGACGAGUCUGUCAAGAAAAUGGUAAAUGGGAUGGUACUUUGACCAGUUGUGAACCUGUCGAGUGCCAAGACCCUGGGAAAGUUGACUUUGGUGGUCGUAAUCCCGAUUUGGAGAAAUACGUUUAUGAAAGCAAAAUCGAGUUCAGCUGCAAAACGAACCACACCUUGAAAGGCGAUAAGCAUAUCAUUUGCCAGCACGAUAAAAAAUGGACAGGAACUAAACCUGCCUGCUUACGCCCAUGUUCAGAUCCUGGAAUACCAAGGAGUGGUCAUCGCCUUCAUCAUUCCUUCCUUCACGCUGACAAARUGUCAUUCACGUGCAAGAGUGGAUGGAAGAUGGAUGGUGAAAAAAACAUUGAAUGCAAUAAUGGGAAUUGGGAUAACAAGGCACCGACAUGUUUGGGUAAAUGUUAUAAUCCUGGAAGUCCUUACAAUGGAUGGAGAAAURGUGACGAUUUCUUUGAAGGAAAACAAGUUACCUUUGCAUGUAGUUAUGGUUAUAACUUAGUUGGCCGAAAAAYACUGGAAUGUUUGGACUCGGGAAGGWGGAGUGGGCCUGUACCUACAUGCAAACGGCGGUGUGCUUAUCGUCGGCCUUCUAGUAGCAAGACUACUCCAAUCAUCGCUGAUGGAGUGUCAGUCCGCCAUGGCACCUCAAUCVAAUUURURUGUAUCAAUGACUACACCCUUGUUGGACAGCAAACUGCAGUUUGUAACGACGGCCGAUGGAAUCACAAAUAUCCAAUGUGUAAAGCACCAUGUCAUGAUCCAGGACAAAUAGCUAAUGGGAWACUAUUUGGAAGGACGUUUACCCACAGGAGAAGAGUAAGAUAUGUCUGUAUUAAAGGCUACUCACUUGAUAAUCCAGCACCACUGAUAUGUAAUGAUGGACGAUGGAAUCGUCCUGUACAUAUACCUUCAUGUAAAAAGUAUUGUGAUGAUCCUGGAACUCCCCGAAAUGCUAUAAAAAAUAGUAACAACUUAAARCAUGGCUCGCAAGUCACAUACACAUGCAAUGGAACUUCACAACUUGUGGGUGCACGAAGAAUAGUUUGCAAUGAUGGAAAAUGGUCUAGUCAUCCUCCAAAUUGUUCGGAAAUAUGCCAACUGCCCCAAAAACCUGAAAAUGGUCAUGUUCUAGUAGCCAGGUCUCCGCCAUUAUCAGGAGACAAAGCCAUAUUUUUCUGUAAUUUGCAUUACGACUUGAUUGGAAGUAAAGAAAUAUUAUGUGACGAAGGAACUUGGAAUGGCAAUGCUCCACGAUGCGCAGAGAACUGUCAAGAUCCGGGAGACAUACCAAAUGGGGUUAUUACCAAAAAUGGCUUUAAACACGGAGACAAAAUAUCUAUUCGCUGUAAAAGUGGUUUUAGAAUCAAGGGUAGUACAGAACUAAUAUGCAACAAUGGACAAUGGGCCAACCCAACACCAGAAUGUGUUGGUUUUUGUGUAGCUCUUGGUCAUCCAAUGAACGGUCAAAUGUUGGAUUUUAAUUUCGACUAUGGCUCUACGGUACGAUUUCGUUGUAACUAUGGAUUUUCUCUGCGAGGCCUAGAAAAUGUGACUUGUAACAAUGGGAAAUGGCAUAGCAAAGUCCCAAUAUGCAAAGCUAACUGUCUGGACCCUGGAACUCCUACUAACGGAGAAAGAAAAGGAGAUCUUUUCACUCAUCUUCAGACAGUGAGCUUUUCUUGCCAAAAGCCAAAAAGAUUUCACGAUUACUGGUUCCUCGAAAAUACAGUGUAUUGAUGGAAAGUGGACMGCUGGAAUACCGGAUUGUACAGAGUGCAGCUCUCCACUUGGUAUGGAGAACARAAAAAUUCCAGAUAAAAACAUUAGAGCUUCUUCGAGUUGGGGUUAUCGUUAUGAUUCAAGAUACGCUCGCUUGAACCGCUACGGUUCCUGGUGUUCAGGAUCUUUCAACAAAUCACCUUAUCUGGAAGUAGASCUUGAGAAACCUUACAGGAUAACGUACAUAGCUACGCAGGGAAGUUCYCGUGAUAACAAAUGGGAGACGAAGUACACUAUAAGCUAUACUUUGGCAAAGUCAUCAUUUGUAGAAUACAGGGAAAAUGGCAAAGAAAAGGCAUUCAACGGCAAUAGCGAUGCAACAAGUGUAGUCAAGCACAAAUUGAAGAAAUUGUUCAUUGCGAGGAAGGUGCGUUUUCACCCAAUUGGUUGGAGACUUUUUGGAUAUCUAUUUAAACGAUCRUGCAUGCGAGUGGAGAUAUACGGGUGUAACCUUUCUACUGAUUGUGUAAUGGUUGGUUCACGCGUACUUGGAAAUUGGGGCAGUAACUACCAUGGCGGUGCGGGUGAUGUUUACUACAAAUCAUAUGUAAAAACUAUUGAUGACACAUACAAUGAGGUGCAGUUAGAAAUAGAAGAUGAUGACCAUCACAACGAUACAUUUAAAACAUURCCAAAGACACAUGUUGUACUAGACGUCCCUAAUAAACAGUUGAACUUACCACCUGGCACAAGAGUAUUGGCACCGUGGAGCACUAAGUACUACACUGSGACCAUUGAAAGAAAAGAGACACAUUAUUAUCUAGUACGCUUUGAUGAUAAAAACUUUGCUUGGUUUCUUAAGAGAGUAAUACGGGUACUUCGACCUACAGAGUUUUGUGAGAUAUAAGUUUGACAUUUUAUUUAAGAAGCAAUGRCGAUAAAAAACGUUAUGAUAUUUGAUUGUUUAUAAGAUCAGAAUUCUUCGUGUGCAACCACAUGACUUGGAAUCCCCUGAGAAAUAAACAGCAAAGCAAUCGCCGCCAUGUUUGAUGAAUGAACAAGAGAAACUAAUGAGGAAUGCUUUGUGAUCUUCAUCCAACAUGGCGGUGAUUACGUAACAUGAACGCCAA